AUAAAAAGAAAAAAAACGGCAUCAAGCUCUAAGCUCAAUUGCUCAUGGUGGACGCCGUAACAGACCGACAGAUCAUCGCCGGCCAUGCUCCGGCAGUCGAGAUGCAGAGUUAAAAAGUAUGUGAUAUUUUGAAACUCAACAUUAGCACCUAAUAAAUGACAGGAAAAGAAGUGGCCGUUGAUGCUACCGUGAUCGCUACGUGUACGGCAGAUCGUAGAUCGUACUAACAGUUCGAUGAUCGAUGGUGCUCUUCGGCCCUCUGUCUUCCAUCUUCCGCAGCGAGCUUUUCCGACAGUGACGAGAGGUUGAGAGAGGAAUAGAAACGAGCGAUAAAGAGGGAGAUAUUGAUUCGAGAGGGAUAGAAGUUCUCGGAAUUACAAAGUUUUGAUGCCCGCUUAGAAGAAAUGAAUUUCAUGGCAGUGGCGCCGGUGCUCACGCCUGAGGAGGAGAGGACCCUCAUCAGGGAUAUCAGUGCCGCCGCUGAGGCUCAAACCAAGGAGGGCGACAACUUUUACCUUAUCACCAGCAGAUGGUGGCAAUCCUGGCUUGAUUUUGUUAACCAAGAUACCAAUACCACUUUGAGCAAUGGCUAUGGUUUACACAACCAUGGAUCUCCGUGUUCAAGCAUCCCCAAAAGGCCUUUAGCUAUUGACAAUUCUGAUUUGAUUAAUGAUGCGACAUCAGAAAUCCCAAAUGUUGAUAUAGAGCUUCAUGAAACCUUAGUGGAAGGUCGGGACUACAUAUUGCUCCCACAAGAAGUUUGGAAUAGAUUUCGUGGUUGGUACGGAGGAGGUCCAACUUUGCCACGUAAGACUAUCAAUUCAGGUUCAUCUCAAACAGAUUUGUACGUAGAAGUCUAUCCUCUACGGCUUCAGCUGCUUCUAACACCGAAAAAGGAGCAAGCGAUUAUUAGAAUAAGCAAAAAGGAAACAGUUAGAGAACUUCAUAGAAAAGCUUGCGAGGUUUUUGACCUUAUCUUAGAUAAUGUUUGUAUUUGGGACUACUAUGGCCAUCAAAAACAUGAUUUGAUGAAUGACAUGGAGAAGACCCUUGAUGAUGCCAACAUACAAAUGGACCAGGAUAUUCUUGUAGAGGUCAUUGGUAAUGGCAAUGGUAUCACUGAUGGUGGAUGUAUGAGUUCUGUUCAGGAGAAUGGAUCUAACGAGAGGGAUUCGGGUUCCUUGGCUGUAGAGCCAUGUAGGUCUAGCAUAUCAGUCGUUGAAGGCUUGUCCAUGUGCAAGAAUAUUUCCAUAAGCUGCAGUUCAGAGAUCUCACAAAGCCAACAGCUUGCAUCCCCAAGCAGUGAGUUGGAUGGUGUGCAUGGCACAAGCACCAUUGCUACGAGGGGAACUCCUUUAGGUCUUAAUGGACUCCUAAACCUUGGAAAUACUUGCUUCAUGAAUAGUGCAAUACAAUGUCUUGUCCACACACCAGAGUUUGCUCGAUACUUUCGGGAAGAUUACCAUAAAGAAAUUAAUUGGAAAAAUCCACUAGGCAUGGUUGGUGAGCUUGCUAUGGCUUUUGGGGAUUUACUAAGGAAACUAUGGGUUCCUGGGCGAACAUCAGUUUCUCCUCGACCCUUUAAAACAAAACUUGCUCGUUUUGCGCCUCAGUUUAGUGGAUAUAAUCAACAUGACUCUCAGGAGCUUUUGGCAUUUCUUUUGGAUGGACUUCAUGAAGAUUUGAACCGUGUAAAGCAUAGACCUUAUAUAAAGUCUAAAGAUGCUGAUGGGCGACCUGAUGAAGUGGUUGCAGAUGAAUACUGGGCAAACCACAUUGCUCGCAAUGAUUCUAUCAUCGUUGAUGUGUGCCAGGGUCAAUACAAGUCCACUUUAGUGUGCCCCGUGUGUCUUAAAGUUUCAGUCACCUUUGAUCCAUUCAUGUACCUUUCGCUGCCUCUCCAAUCACCGUCUUCCAACUCCAUGACUAUUGUGGUUUUUACUAGUGAUGGUAGCGCACCUCCAACCCCGUGUACUGUAAAUGUUCCCAAGCAGGGGCGCUGCAAAGACCUCAUACAAGUUCUCAGUAAUGCGUGCUCGAUGAAGGGUGGAGAAAAACUUAUUCUUGCUGAGAUUCGGGAUCAUAAGAUCCAUCAGUUUGUCGAAGACCCGAUGAUUCCACUAUCUAAUAUCAAGGAUGAGCAGCUUGUUGCAUAUAAGGUUCCAAAGUUUGAAAAAAAGUCAAUUUUACUUCAGUUUGUACAUCGCCGUGAAGAACUUGAGGGGAACGGAAGCAUUAAGGCGUGGAAGCCCUACGGUACUCCACUUAUGGCUCCAUUUUUGGGUGAUGGGUCCGUGCGAUGCGCUGAUAUCCGAAGGACGUUACAGAACAUGCUUAUUCCUAUGCUACAAAGUCAAAAGUCGCAACCUGGUUGUCUUUCAAAUUCAUUCUCACGUGUAGCAUCGUAUACUACUGACCAUUAUAUUAGUACUGAUGAGGAAUGUGCUGAGAGUGAUCAUAAAGAUGGAGGAAGCAACCAUGAUAGAUCAGAAACAGACUGCCACCUGUUCCUUGAGUUGGUUGAUGAAAAUGAUGAGCUCAUAGAUCUAUCAACUGUAGAAGAGAAGCCUCUUAAGCUGCGGUCAUAUUCAUCUUCUUCAUCAUCAACAGUAGUAUUUAUCAAUUGGUCCCAGAAGGAUCUUCAGAUCUAUGAUACUCGCCGGCUUGAGAUCCUUCCAGAAGUAUACAAAUAUGGCCCUCCGUUACCUAAAAGAUCUCGUGGCGAGCCUCUCUCUUUAUAUGCUUGCCUUGAUGCUUUCUUGAGGGAAGAGCCAUUGGUUCCUGAGGACAUGUGGUUCUGUCCUAAAUGCAAGGAGCAACGGCAGGCAAGCAAAAAAUUGGAUUUAUGGAGGCUUCCUGAAGUUCUUGUUAUUCAUUUGAAGAGAUUCUCUUUCAGUCGGUCUACUAAGCAGAAGUUGGAAACUUUUGUCAAUUUUCCCAUUCAUGACUUUGAUUUGACUGAUUAUCUUGCCAACAAGGGCAAUUCUCAGCGCCAAACUUAUGAGCUGUAUGCAUUGAGCAAUCACUAUGGAAGCAUGGCAAGUGGACAUUACACGGCACAUAUAAAGCUUUUUGAAGAAAACAGAUGGUAUAAUUUUGAUGAUAGCCAUGUAUCUUCUAUAAAUGAAGAAGAAGUGAAGUCAGCAGCAGCCUAUGUGCUUUUCUACCGGAGAGUUAGGACUGACAAUCCCUCAACAAGCAAUGGAGCUCAGUCAUGCGCCAACCAGAGCCAUAGUUUCUGCCACAGAUAGGCCUAUCUCUAGCUCCGUCUUCUCCUUAUUUUCUUAUUUAUGAUCUGAAGGAAAGCUUUUUGGCUAAAGAUUUUCAUCUGAAAGCAUAAUGAAAGGCCAGAUUUUAUGCAUUUUUUUUGGGGAGGUACGCUGCAAGCAAAAUAUUUUCUUGUAUCAGGAAAACAGUAUUCUAUGAACCAAAACUUUUCUUUUUAUUGGAGAUUUGCUCUUAUUUUUAUUUUUUUGGUGAGGUACAGUAUCCAUCCAAUCAGGUUUUUAUUGUCCCACUUUUACUGUAAAUAAUAGAAAGGAAAGCUUUAUGUAGGAUUGGUCCUAUGUAGUUAAUAGUGGGGAGCUAGUUCCCCUUAAGUUUAGAACGGUAAUAUGGAGAAGUUGGGAUGAGGUAUUUAUGCUGGUAGUAUUUUUGUCAUAAAAGAAAUGUAUUCGCCUAACAUCACAUCUAGCAAAUGUCACAUUCUGCUACUAUUCUAACCAUUCAUCCCAACAAUAUAUAAUCAAGCAUAUUUUUAC